AGAAUCACAUCCAAACAUCGGAGACAGAAGCACGAGCUCAGAGUUGAUCAUGUUUGUUGUGAUUUGUGUGGUUAUGUCUCGCAGAUGAUCGAUGAAAUCAUGAUCCCGCGGAGAGAGUUUAAGCCCGCUUCACUGUGCACAUGUUAAACACCAGACUUCAGCAGAGAAUUAAACCACUUCAAGCUCGGGUUCAUGGCGUUUCUCGUCAAGAAGAAGAGGUUUAAGUUUCAGACUCAUGUUACUCUGGAGGAGCUGACAGCUGUGCCGUUCGUCAACGGAGUUUUGUUCUGUAAAAUCAGACUGCUGGAUGGAGAUUUCACUGCUUCAUCAUCCAGUGUUACUGUGUUUGUGGUUACUACGGUGAGAGAACAAAGUACCACGGCCCUGGAAUGCUGGGGAAGAAUGUGGAGGAGGGAGAGAAUAAACCAGAGCGGCUCUGAUAACAAGAAGUGCUGGAACAGAAGAAACUCUUCAGCGGCUCUUCCUGAGGAGGUGGAUCAGGGUCAUAGUCCUGAUGAAUCGUUUCACACGGGUCAUUCACGCAACUCCAGUUAUGCCAGUCAGCAGAGCAAACUAUCAGGCUACAGCACCGAACACUCCUGCUCCUCCAGUCUGUCCGAUUUGACCCAUCGCAGGAACACGUCUACAGGCAGCAGCGUGAGCGCCGACCCCCCGUCUGAGAGUGACACCCGUCCCGACCGGCCUCCGCGACCCCCGCGGCCCCUCUUACCCUCCAACAGACCGCCACGGAGGAAGCAGGAUUCGGUGGAGGAUCACCCGACCUGGGUCAACGACACGCGUAUCGACGCAGACGACAUCGUGGAGAAGAUCGUCCAGAGUCAGAACUUUUCUGACAUCAGUAACAAUGAAGAUAGUAACCUGAGACUGUUUGUGAGCAGAGACGGAACGACAGCGCUGAGCGGCAUCCAGCUGGGAAACAGGGUCUCUGCCGGUGUGUAUGAGCCAGUCAUCAUUGAAAGCCAUUAGAUUUACACCCCUACUUCAUCAAAAUACUGGAAGAAUCACACAAAUCUAUUCCAGUCACCUCUUGCUUUAGAUAUUUCAUCAAUCUAAAUUACUCCAGACAAGCGUUUAAGUGCCAAACCACGGCAGGUGCCUGAAGCAAACCACCAGAUUUAGCUGAGUAUCGUGAUGCUGCACAACACAAGAACAUUUUGAUCUCAUAUCUAUGGAAGCCUGUUUUCUGAUAAAAGAAUUAAAAAGGUAAUUGCAACUUUUUAUCUCACAAUUCAGAGAAAAAAGUAAGAAUUGCAACAUGUAAGUUCAAAAC